AUGCCGGAUGAGGGCAACGAGAUCUUGCUGACUGACCUCUGUGCUAUUUGCCACAUCAAUCCGAUCAAGUAUACCUGCCCUCGAUGCGGCAUACACACUUGCUCGCUACCGUGUGUCAAGCGACACAAGUCUUGGGCACAAUGCUCGGGCGUUCGGGAUCCCGCCGCGUAUCGCAAGCGCGCUGAUCUAGCCACGCCGGCCUCGAUCGAUCAGGAUUUCAACUUUAUCACCUCUGUCGAAAGAUCGCUGCAGCGAGCCGAUGCGCUGAACCCAACUCAAACGAUUGACCUGGCCCCAAGUGGCCUCAGACGCGAUCGCAAGACAAAAUUUGACAACGCUACUGAAGAGAGAGGCAUACGCUUGAUCAAGGCACCCAAAGGCCUAUCCAGGAACAAGCAGAACAAGUCCCAUUGGGCCGGUGAAUCAAAGGGUGUCGCAUGGACGACUGAAUGGAUACACUACGAUGGCCGCAAAAGACAUACAAUUGUGUUCGAGUCAAGCACCGUGGGGGAAGCUUUUCAAAACGUGUUUGCGCGGAAACCUAUACACAGCCAGAAACGCAAGCGAGGGACCUCUGAAACAGACUCUGCGCCAGCUGCAGGGCGGGAGAUUCCACCCAUUCUAGCAGACGGAGACAGCAAAAACAGCAAGAAGAUUGUAGAGGAGGCACAAGACGUCCCACUGGAUAUAAGGUCUCGGUCAUCUGAUACCACCCCCGUCCAGUCUGGGGCCGUGGUCGAACAUAUGUCGGACAAUGAUCAAACCAACGCGCGGCAACACGUUGCGGCACAACCUCUGGAGGAUAUCCACUACUACCUCUUCAAACCCAACACGACAUCGAAAGUAAAAUGCCUGAUCCCAAUUGCCGCAGACUCAAAACUGGUUGACGUCCUGCGCAAUCGGACUCUCCUUGAGUUUCCAACCUUGUACAUUCGGCGGGAGGCGCCGGACGCAUUGCCAGAGCCUUUCGUGACAGAGGCAAAGUACAAUGCAUUGUAUGGACAGGACGUCUCCGCCAGCUUGCCGACAUACGCACCAGACAGUGAGCUGGAAGACGGCGAGGUAGCCGAUCUGCACCGCAUUGACGAGAACAAGGUAUUGGAAGUACUUCAGAAAGAUCUCAGUGGCUGA